CUCGCGCAAACUUCCCGGGCCGGGGGGCGCGGGCGGCGGCGGCGGGGCCCGGAUGGGCUCCCGGGCCGGCGGCGGCGGCGCCCAUGGACGCUAACCGCCCGGGCGCGUUCGUGCUGAGCAGCGCGCCUCUGGCCGCGCUGCACAACAUGGCCGAGAUGAAGACGUCGCUGUUCCCCUACGCGCUGCAGGGCCCGGCCGGCUUCAAGGCGCCCGCGCUGGGCGGCCUGGGCGCGCAGCUGCCGCUCGGGACCCCGCACGGCAUCAGCGACAUCCUGGGCCGGCCCGUGGGCGCGGCGGGCGGGGGCCUCCUGGGCGGCCUGCCCCGCCUCAACGGGCUCGCCUCGUCGGCCGGCGUCUACUUCGGGCCCGCGGCCGCCGUGGCGCGCGGCUACCCCAAGCCGCUGGCCGAGCUGCCCGGGCGCGCGCCCAUCUUCUGGCCCGGCGUGGUGCAGGGCUCGCCCUGGAGGGACCCGCGCCUGGCCGGCCCGGCCCAGGCCGGCGGGGUCCCGGACAAGGACGGCAAGAAGAAGCACUCGCGGCCCACCUUCUCGGGCCAGCAGAUCUUCGCGCUGGAGAAGACCUUCGAGCAGACCAAGUACCUGGCGGGGCCGGAGCGCGCGCGCCUCGCCUACUCGCUGGGCAUGACCGAGAGCCAGGUCAAGGUGUGGUUCCAGAACCGAAGGACCAAAUGGCGCAAGCGGCACGCGGCGGAGAUGGCGUCGGCCAAGAAGAAGCAGGACUCGGACGCCGAGAAGCUGAAGGGGGGCGGCUCGGACGCGGAGGACGACGAGUACAACCGGCCCCUGGACCCCAACUCGGACGACGAGAAAAUCGCGCGGCUGCUCAAGAAGCACAAGCCCUCGAACUUGGCGCUGGUCAGCCCGUGCGGCGGCGGCGGCGGCGGCGCGGGGGACGCCUCGUGAGCGCGGGCGGGGCCGGAGCAACCAGGGUACGGGGCGCGGGCCGGCGCCCCGGGCGUGUAUAUAUAUUUUUACAGAAUAAGUUAUAAGCGGUCGGCCGAGGCCCGGCGUGCGCGCGGGGCGCAGGGGCCGCCGCGCGGGUCUCGGGCCGUGCGCCCCGGACGGAAUCCGUUUGUACGAUCAAUAAAUUAUUUAACACGUCCCG